AUGUUCAGUUUAUUAAGAAAGAAAGAUAAUUUAUCUCAGUCCUCAAAAGUGAGUACAUCAUGUCCAUCUAUAAACAGUCCAGGAGGAUCUGUACAGGGUAAUGAAGAACAACCAUCACCAAGUAAUAUGUCACAAGAUUCUACAGCUUCAUCUGAAUCUGAUGAAGAAGGUAUUCCUAAAGUAAGCAGAAGUCAAAGAAUGUUUGCUAGAAAAUCAGUUAGAAGACAAAGAAAAAAAGAAAAGGAAUUUGAAAAAAAGAUAAAACAUAAUAAAAUAACUAUGGAUGACUAUUUGAGUAAACAAGCUGAAUUUAAAUUAUGGCUCUCUGAAGAGAAAAAUAAAACUGUGAAUGACAUGAAGUCACCAAAAACUAAAGCUUAUUUUAAAGCAUUUGUUAAAUUAUGGAAUAAGAAGAAAUUAAAUCAGAAAUUUUAUCGUGGUACAGUAAGUUGUGAAACACCACCUAAUCCAACAGGCAGACAAAGAUGUAGUUUCCUAUCAUUAGCUGAUUCACCAUUCCCCAAUUCUGUCAGCUUUCCACAAACCAUAGAUUUAAGUCAUGACGGAUCUAUCUUAUCUGAUUCACCAUUUUCAACAUUUGGUAAAUCUCCUGGAAACCCUUGUUGUUCCAAAACACCUGGUAGUGCACAUGAUUUGUUGGAUUUAAAAAGAAAAGCUAUAUUUAAUAAUAUUAGUAAAGAAAAUAGUGAGAGUGAUAGACAAUCUGAUCAUAAUUCAGAUGAUCCAUUUCUUCCUGAUACAACUAGAAAGUCAGGGUCAUGUAGUCAGUCAAGUUCGGAAUCAACUUCAGGAUCCAUUUCUGACUCUCCUAGAUCAUCAAAAUCAUCAGCUAGCAAAAAGGAAAAAGAAGAAAAUUUAUAUAAAGUGACUGUAUUGUCAUGGACAUCUAAAGGUGAAUUAAAAGUUAGACCACAGAACAGUCCUGAUGUACCAAACAUCCAACAAUCUACAGAAAUAGAUCCUGAUGUUCUGUCUAAACAUCUUAUAUCUCAAGAUUACACUUCAAUAGAUCAACAUAAUACUAGUAUCCCUUAUAAAGAAGUUAAUGAUGCUAUUUCAGAUUUCAAUGACCCUACUUACUGUGUGGUUGGUUUUCCAGCUCCAGGUUAUGCUCAGCCUUAUGGUUGUCAGUCUAAACAAGAUAGCUCUCUUAAUACAGACAAGCCUGGUAAUGCUAGUAGUAUUGAAGAUUUAUAUGCAGUACCUAUCAAAAAGAAGAAAUCUAGUGACCAAUCAGAAACGAUUUCACUAACAUCUAAUGAAAGCGCAACCCGUUUGGAUCAUAAAGUUAAUCAGGCUGAAAUGGAAAAAUUAUCUGAUAUCAUUAGUUCAGGAUCUGAUUUUAGCAUCACAUCUGGUUCAUCUAAUGAAUCAUUACAUCAGAAUUAUUUAUCUGUUCCUGAACAAGAUGGAUUGGGUAAAGCAUCUAGUGCUCCAGAACUCAGUACUAUUUUAGAAGGUGAGGUUAUCGAGACGGUUCAGAAGAGUUCUGAUGAAACUGCAAACCUGACCAAUGUUACCGCUAUAAAUAUGACUUUAAAUACUAGUUAUUUGGAUGGAAAUGCAGCUAAACAAACUAACGACAAAAAUGUUCUUGCAACUUUCCAUCAAGUUCAUAACAUAGACUGGAAGGUAAAGAGAUUUCCUGAAAUUGGUUCCUUGACAUCCAGUACACCUGAUCGUAAGAGAAACUUAUCUGAUCCUUCUGAACAGAUGCCUGUGAGGUCGGAAUUGGCUGGUCAAAGAAAUGAAUUGCAUACUGCUCAGAGGACCUUGUCAGAUCCAACAACAACAAGUCCGAGAAAAGAUUUUAUCAAUAGAGUUCUUACACCCAGAUCAUCUUUACCAUCUCCUCCACCACCUCCUAAUAAAGAUUACCCACUUUGUUCUCCACCCCCAUUAGACACUCCAGACAUCAAGUCACCAAAUUCUGAAUCAUGGCCAACACCACCUCCAUUUCUAGAGCAUAUCGCAGACAGUGAACCUAAGCAAACUCUAGAGUCUUGGCCUACACCACCAACACCAUAUGAUUUAUGUGACACUGAUAAACAUGAUAUCAAUUCUAAUCAACCAUCUCCACCUAUUCCUCCUGAUCCUAUUGUUCAGACUCCAGAUUCAGUGUUCAGUGACACGCAGAAAUGGCCCACACCACCAACUCCACAAGAAUGUCCUCCUGAGAAUUUGCAAUCUGAAGAGGAGCCACCCAAGUUAAUUACUGCAGAUUUUAUUUCUGAAACACAGCCUGGAAAUAUUAAGCCUCCAAUUUUGAAAAUAUCAGAGAUUGCAAAUGGAGAUGUCAUUGGACUGCAACCAACACAAAGUUCACAGCCAAUGGUUGAAAAAGUACCAUUCCAAGAGAAAAUGUAUCAAAACAAUGCACUGGCAGAAUCGAAAGUGGGUGGAUCAAAACUGAAAAACUCUGAAAGACAAGUGUCCACUACGUCUAUUGAGCGUUUUGAAACCGACAUUGAUGCUGUUGUAGACAGUUCUACAUGUGAUAAAGAGAACACCCAAACUAAAACUAGACUGGUGCUAGAAACUGUUGUUUAA